AUGUCAGACGCCAGUCUCGGUACGGACCGACCAAAGACGACCGAUGCAGAGGCUACGAGCCAGGAUCCAGAGAAGGGAAAUACAUCUCCUGGAUCCAGCGCGGGGGACAACCCGAAUGCUAUUGGAUGGGAUGGUCCUGACGACCCUCAAAACCCCAUGAACUGGCCUGCGAAGAGGAAGUGGUCAAACAUCGCCGCGCUAUCACUCAUGACUCUCUUGACUCCCCUCGGUUCGUCGAUGUUCGCCCCUGGCGUCCCCGAUAUCAUGGUCGAGUUCAAAUCAUCCAACGAAAACCUCGCAACCUUUCUCGUCUCCGUAUACGUUCUCGGCUUCGCCUUCGGGCCUCUCCUCGCGGCACCCCUCAGCGAGAUCUACGGCCGAGCCAUGAUCUUCAACAUUGCCAACGUCCUCUUCAUCAUCUUCACCGUGGCAACUGCGCUCAGCCAGAACAUGGGCAUGAUGAUUGCCUUCCGGUUUUUCAUGGGAUUUGCCGGAUCCACGCCCGUCACCAACGGCAGUGGCACCAUUUCGGACAUGUUCCCUGUCGAGCAGCGUGGUAAAGCUAUGGCAGUCUGGGCCAUGGGACCACUUUUGGGACCGUGCAUUGGACCUGUGGCCGGAGGCUUCAUGAUCCAAGAUGUCGGCUGGAGAUGGGCAUUUUGGGUCAUUGCGAUUGCCGCUGGCGUCAUCUCCGUUCUUUGCUACUUCGUUGUCACCGAAACGUACCACCCCACUUUACUCCAGGCCAAGGUCAACCGCCUGAAGAAGGAAACCAACAACGCCGACUUAUACUCUGCCCUUGACGUGGGAAAAGUUUCCACCAAGACGAAAUUCGAGCAUGCUAUUGUUCGCCCUCUUAAGAUGCUGCUCACGCAACCGCCAGUCUUUAUCAUCUCGCUCUACAUUGCGGUGGUGUACGGAAUCCUCUACCUCAUGUUCAGCACCUUCACCUUUGUUUUCGCGCAACAAUACGGGUUCGGCACCGGCAUUAUUGGCUUGUCAUACAUUCCCACGGGCGUGGGCAUGUUGUUGGGAACAAUGGUCUUCGGUGUCCUCACGGAUAUCAUCAUCAAGAAGAAGAUGGCCAAGGGGGAGGCCACAGUUCCCGAGGACCGCGUGCCGGUUUGGUUGACUCUUCCUUGCGGAUUACUCAUCGUCGUAUCCCUCUUCUGGUAUGGAUGGUCGGUGGAGAGCAACACUCAUUGGAUAGUACCCAUGUUUGGAGUGGCAUUGUUCUGUUUCGGCCUGAUGGGCAUCAUGAUGUGUCUUCAAAUCUACCUCAUGGAUGUCUACAUCACCUACGCCGCCUCUGUAAUUGCCGCUGUCACUGUCCUCCGAUCCCUUUUGGGUGCCAUGUUGCCCCUUGCUGGAUUGUCAAUGUACAACAGUCUGGGAUUGGGUUGGGGAAACAGCGUGCUAGCAUUCCUUUCACUAGUUUUAGUGCCGGUACCUGUCGUCUUCCGUUAUUAUGGCCCCAAGAUUCGUGCUAUGAGCCCGGAUAAUUUGGGGUAG